AUGGAAAAUCAUUUGCUUUCUUUUCCCAUUGCUAGUAGUAGCUGGAGCAGCAGUACAAUGUCUAAAUCUGAUUCUGAGAAAGAUCUUACAAUGUCUGAAUCUGAUUCUGAGGAAGAAGAAGAUGAUGAAAUGAUGAUGCUUGAGGAUUCAAAGUUGAGGAGGUAUGAAAACAAAAGCUUCCCAUUGUUUAAUGCACUGGACCUGUUAUAUGAAGGAAAGCAUUGCUUCACUUCUAGUAAACCUCAGCAUGCUGGAAGUAAACGGUCCGGAGGCACAGAAAAGACGCUCUUAGAUUUCACUAAGAAACGUCCAUGGGACGCUGCAAUCAAUGUAGGAGCUCAUGAUGGUGAAGAAUCGAUUUAUCGAACAAGAAUGGAUGACUUGAGUAUGCAAGAUUUGGAGAGUGAGUCUUUACAAUCUCAAGGGCAAGAGAAACAAUCUCUGCAAGAUUUGGAGAUUGAGCAGCAUGUACAUGGUAAAGGACGUAACAAAAGGGCCUUUCAUCAAAGGAUGGAAGACUUUGGAGGGAAAGGUGCAGAGAUGGAAGAUGACCAUGAUGAACCCAUUGAUCUUUCAGAUGAAGAUGACCAUGCUACUUCAAGAUCUGGGACUGCUGGAUCAAAUAGAGGAAGAAUGAAGAAAAAUUCUAAUACAAAGUCAGUGCCACCUAUUGAAGAAACAAUGUCAGAAUUUCUGAGUUUCAGGAAAGAGCAAGCUAGUGCCAAAAGACAUAGUAAAGGCAACAAAGAGAGCAAGAAAGAGAUCACUCGAUUACAAGAUGCUUAGAGGUGUUAGAUGAGAUGGAUGAUGUGUCAGACGAUACAAAGAUCCUGGCUUCUGAUGUCUUUAAGGAUGCUAUGAACCGUGAGAUUUUUCUAGGAUAUGCUCCAAGGCUUCAUGGUUUGUGGCUAAAGAAAGAAGUUGAUAAGCUUGGAGCUCAAUUACCUAAAUGUAAGUCCAUUGAACUCAAUUGCAUUUCGCUAACUUUGUUCAUUUAUGUUUAGUUCCUGUACUGAUCUGUAGUAGUUGGCAAUGGUGAGUGCUAAUGAAUUUCCUUUCACAUUAGGCUAAAGAAAGUGAACUGUU